GCAACCCAACGGCCCGCCCCAGGCCUUUAAAACCUCCUUGCCCUCCUCUCCUGCUGCACACAGGCUCAGAGUCAGCACCAUGCAACUGAAUUUCAGAGGCCUGCCGGCCCUGGUGACAGGGGCAGGGAAAGGGAUCGGGAGGGACACUGUGAAGGCCCUGCAUGCCCUGGGAGCCAAAGUGGUAGCCGUGAGCCGCACCGACACUGACCUAGUCAGCCUCUCCAAGGAGUGUCCCGGGAUACAGACUGUGUGUGUGGACCUGGGUGACUGGGACGCCACGGAGCGGGCCCUGGGCAACGUGGGCCCCGUGGACCUGCUGGUGAAUAACGCCGCCGUGGCGCCACUGCAGCCCUUCCUGGAGGUCACCAAGGAGGUCUUCGACAGGACCUUCAACGUGAACCUGCGCUCACUGGUGCAGGUGUCCCAGAUCGUGGCCCGGGGAAUGAUCCGCCGCGGAGUGCCUGGCUCCAUUGUCCAUGUCUCCAGCAUGGUGGCCCAUGUCACUUUACCCAACCUAUCUGUCUACAGCUCCACCAAGGGCGCAAUAAGUGUAUUCACCAGAGCCAUGGCCGCAGAGCUGGGGCCAUACAAGAUCCGGGUAAACUCCGUGAACCCCACGGUGGUGCUGACGGCCAUGGGCCAGAAAGUCGUGACGGACCCCGAGAUCGCCCGGAAACUGAAGGAGCGUCACCCCCUGCAGAAGUUUGCAGAGACAGAGGACGUGGUCAACAGCAUCCUCUUCCUGCUCAGCGACCGCAGCGCCUCCACCAGCGGCUCGGGCAUACUCGUGGACGCCGGGUACCUGGCUUCCUAGAGCGCCCGGCGCGGGGAAGCCGGCGCUCAGGGCACCAGGCCCGCCCCCCGCACCGCCCACGCCCCGCACCGCCCACCGCCCAGCCACGCCCCGGUCACGCCCACCGCCCCACCACGCCUUCACCACCAAGCCGCUCGCGCGCGCAUCUCCCACCCAGACUCUGCAUCUGGGCACACACCGCGUCCACACUCGCGCUGCCAUGAAACCCGCCCCUGUCGCCCCCACCCAGUGUCCUCCGCUGUGCCGGCUGGAUUUCCCUAAAUAAAUGGAGGCCAUUCUCUGGAA